AUGUGCGUCAAAGGUUCCAUCAAUGGAAUUGGCUUCGAUCAGGAGCAUCGUGUUGUCCUGCAAUAUUACCCGCCUACGUUGCAACCACUUAAUUUGUUCAUCAGCUCUUUCCAUAUGAUCAAAAAAAUCCAAGUAGGAAGAUACGAGAUAAUUACAGCAAGCAAACAUGAAUCAGGAAGAUAUCAAUCGAGGAAUAUAACCGAGACAGUCACCCAAUUCAAAGUGGCCACCGACUUGCGGCAUGUCACAGUUGCUGCACUUCAGCGUCAAUUUCCAGACUUAGCAAAUGUCCUUGAACCCAAUCUCACCUCUUACGGCCCAGAAUAUACCCUUGAUCAAAACAAGAGUCUACCGGUUUAUAUCCAAACAUGCCAAACCGGAAGAGGUACAGGAACUGAACAAACUCUGGUGAGUUCUGAAUCUUCCGUACUUGACGAAUUUCAAGCUUCCCUUCGCGCCAGGCAUGAAGCAGUCAUGUUCUGA